AUGGCCUCUCUCGCUUUACUGACAAUUGUACUUUCGCUUAUUCGAAUAUCCAUUUCAAAACCUACAGCUUCUAAAUCCAUCGAAACAAGUCAGGUUUAUUGGCAACCCCAGCCUCCACUCAAAUGGCAAAUAAUUUCCCACAGCGACAUAGGGGACCCAGAUCUUGCGGGGAUCGAUGUUUAUGAUGUGGAUCUCUACUCCACCUCACAUGAAGACGUGAAUACCCUCAAGAAGAAUGGAAAGAAGGUCAUUUGUUAUUUCUCUGCGGGGACUUGGGAAGACUGGCGACCGGAUGCGGAUCAAUUCGACAAAGCUGAGUUCGGUAAUGAAGUUGGAAAGGGAGACUUUACAGAUGAAGGAUUCUGGCCAGGGGAGUAUUGGCUGAACAUCAGGAGUCCAAGCGUUGUGGACCGCAUGAUCGCUCGACUUCAAGUUGCGAAAGAUAAGGGUUGUGAUGGAGUUGAUCCAGACAACAUUGAUGGAUUCAAUGCAGAUAGGUUGGCUCCGAGAGAGCAUGGUCUUCAUUCUCUUACCAGAGAGUAUCGAUAUAAGGGACAUUCUGGCAAGGAUCGACCUUCCAAUAAGAAUCAUACCACGCAAGGUGGUGUUGGAACACCGAAUCCUGUGGCUGGAGCCUCUCCGACCCAGAAUAAUGGUGCCAACCCAACCCCUGUUGUGGGAAGAACUUCGACUACAAACAGCGGUUCCCAAUCAACCUCUGCUAUUGUUAGUACUUCCACUCAAGGCAGUGGUUCCCCAUCGACCUCUGCUAUUGGAAGCUCUUCCACCCAAGACCCCGAGCCAACCCAAGAUCCUCAGGCAACCCAAGAUCCCCAACCAUUUGAAGACCCUCAACCAAAUCAAUCUUCUCGCGCCACUACCGGAUUCUCCUUCACCCAAACCGACGCCAUCGUUUUCUUAAGAGAACUCGCAGCCGAAGCUCACCAACGUGGCCUCUCCAUCGGGGUAAAAAACUCCAUACCAAUCUUAGACCAAGUCUCCUCAUUCAUCGACUACGCGGUCAACGAACAGUGCGUGGCAAAUGCGGAAUGCGCCAUGUAUGAAGAUUUCCUUGAUUCCAACAAGCCGGUUUUUCAUGUCGAAUACGCGAGCACUGAUGAUCUCUCCAACGUUUCUGAAGACGAGAUCCGGAAUUCUUGCGCUUCGGAAGGAGUUUCCAUGAUAUCGCCUAUCAUCAAAACUCAUGCUCUCGACUCA